AGAGGGCGGAGCGAGUAGAAAGCGCAGGAGCAGUUGGCGGGGAUGGAAGUAGUGAGAAGAGUCUGAGCCGCAUCGGAUUCUCCUCUGUCCCCGGGACACUGAGCGGACACGGCCGGAGGAUGAACUCGUUCUUAUUCGGGGAAUUGGCUCGGGCCAGGGAGUCUCCUCCUCCUCCGGGAACAGCCGCGACCUCGGCUCUGCGCAACGACCUGGGCUCCAAUAUCCACGCGCUGAAGACUCUGAACGUUCGUUUCCGAUGUUUCCUGGCGAAGGUUCACGAACUGGAGCGGCGGAACCGACUGCUGGAGAAGCAACUGCACAAUCAGUAUCAGCAGCAACUGCAGCAGCGACACAGCCGCAUCUUCCGCCGGGAACAGGGAGUCCAGACCGACCCCCCGACCCCCAAUAACAACAGCCGCCUCCCCGGGACCAUCUGGACUUAUUCCCACGUCAGACGCACCGGCGGGGGCUCCCUGGAGACUGUGAGGGGCCCCGGGGUGUCCUGGUCUCACCCUGAUGGAGUUGGGGUUCAGAUCGACACGAUCACCCCCGAGAUCAGGGCCCUGUACAAUGUGUUGGCCAAAGUCAAGAGGGAGAGGGACGAGUACAGAAUCAAGUGGGAGGAGGAACUUGCUAAGAGGAUGAAUUUGGAGUCUAUGGUGGAGACCCUACAAGAGGAGGCGCAGGAGUCUUACAAUGUCCAUGAUGAGCUCAAUGAGAAGAUCAAGAGGCUGAAGUCGGAACUGGUGGUGUUCAAGGGUCUGAUGAGUGAUCCGAUGACCGAUCUGGACUCAAAGAUCCAAGAGAAGGCAAUGAAGGUGGAUAUGGACAUCUGCAGGCGGAUUGAUAUCACCGCCAAACUGUGUGAUGUGGCUCAGCAGCGCAACUCUGAGGAUGUGUCCACCAUGUUCCAGGUGGGGGCGGUGAGCAAAAAGCGAGAGCGUAAGUUGACGUCGGAGGACGACAUGUCGGAACAGGACGGCGACACUGGGAGGUUCUCGGACGAUGAAGUCAGUUGUUCCCUCAACAUCACCGACGAGAUGAAACGGAUGUUUAACCAACUACGUGAGACGUACGAUUUUGAUGACGACUGUGAUAGUUUGACGUGGGAGGAGAAUGAAGACACUCUGCUUCUCUGGGAGGAUUUCACCAACUGCAACCCGACAGUCGAGGCACAGGGAGAGCAAGAGGAAACCCUGGGGGAUCUGAUCGAAGAAGCAGAGACUUUCCUAACAACCCGGGACAAAGAAUAUCAGGAAACGAUUGGGCAGAUAGAGAUGGAAUUGGCCACGGCAAAAAGCGACAUGAACAGACACCUACACGAAUACAUGGAAAUGUGCAGCAUGAAACGAGGGCUCGACGUACAGAUGGAAACCUGCCGGAGGCUCAUAAAGGGGUCGGCGGGCAGAAAUUCUCCGUCCGUCAGCUCCGUGUCGAGCAGCGACUCCGGGAACUCAGACGAGAUUCAGGACGAGUUUGAGAAGGAGGUAGAAUCGGACAGCGCCAUUAGCUGAUAAGCACCGCCUUGUGGGAGUGGCAGCAGACCAUGAACCAAUCACAGACCCUGAUUCCCGCAAGAGGGGACUGUAGAGGGUUCCAGUCACCCGACAGACUCUCCCUCCCCUGAUGCUGGUGCUGUAAAUGUCUAUUCUUCUAUGGAAACAAAAGGUGUAAAUAAUUCAUUUGAUUUUUGUUCUAAAGAAAACACAAUCGCGCUGUUUAAAUGUGCC